CAAAUGCCCUGAAUGGGGCUCUAAAACAGGAAAUAAUACCCGCGGGGAUAAGGAUUGCAAAGUUCUCCGGAGACGUGUUCGGGAAUCGAAGCAGAGAUUCUUGUCCUGUUCUCCAAAAUAUGUUAAAUAUUUAAAAUUUAAAUUAUCCUUAACUAUAAUUCAUAAUUUAAGUUUGUAUAUAUAAAUUUAAUUUUAGUGCAGUUUAAUUUUAUGUGCAUUCAAUUAUAUAGGAUCAUAUUAAUAAAAAUAACUAUCUUUUACUUAUCUACAUAAAUAGAGAUUUCCGUGAAAACUAUAGGAGGCAGAAAAUGAGAAUGUGACGAGUAAAUACCCAUAGUAGUCCCUGAGAUUCACGCAAUUACUCAUAGUAAUCCUUAAGAUCCCGAUUUCCCUAUUGUAGUCCUCCAGAUAGAGCUCCGAGCACUCAAACUAGUCCCUGGCCAUAUUUCAGGUGAUGAGUCAUCACCGGAGCGCUGACUUGGCCUAGGAUUGCCACGCUGGACUGCUGCCAACGGCUAGCUGAGCUGGCUAAGUUCCAAUUUUUACCCAGAUUGGUCCCUCGUAGUAUAAUUAACCCUAAAUCCCCAAAUUCUCAUACACCUCCCCUCUUCGUCUUGUUCACCUCUUCUUCUUCCUCUUCCAUACACUUGUUCCUGUUCAGGCACUCUCAUCCGGGGCUGCUACUCAUGUCGAUGAUGGGUGGAGGUAGCACUGGAGGUGGAAGCUCUGUUCGUUCCCCAUCUAGCUGGAACCGGAGUAGAACGCAAACGAAGAGCAGAAGAUCGGCGCCGCCAGAAUGGUGCGGCUGUGGCUGUAGGCCAGUUCUCAGAUGGUCUGGCACAGAUUCAAAUCCGAAUAAACCGUUCUAUGGCUGCCCCAAUUAUAAUACAAGUGGGAAGAGAUGGUGCGGGCUUUUUGUGUGGGCAGAUUCUGUGAAUGAGGAACAGGUUGAAAAAUCAGAAUCGUGUGGUGAUGAAGUGAAGAUCAACGUUGAUUGGAGGCUUCGAAGGUUGGAGGAGGAUGUCCAGAUGCAAAAAGUGAUGACCCAGUUGUUAGUGUUAGGUGUGUGUGUAUUGACAGUGUUGUUGGUGAUCCUGUAUUGUAAAUGAUGAAUGAAUUGGUGGUUUUAGGUUCCUUGUU